AUGCCGUUUUCACCAGACGUUCUGACUGCAUUCAUCGAAAGCAAACAUGAAGUAACGAUCACCGGCGGAAUCAAUGAAUUUGCUGUGAAAUUCUAUGGGCCUAAAGGAAGGAGAGAACAAAUACGAAAUGUCGAAGCGGCAGUGAUAGAAUCGGCUGGAUUGACGGGGCCUACAUUGCUGUCCCUAAAUUAUUUGGAUGUUUGGUAUCUACAGAUUUUAGGAGCGAAGGAGCGGUACCGGGUAAGGCGGCAUACGUUGGCAUCUUGGAAAGUGGCAGGUAGCUUACACUACUACUACACUUUGCGAGCAUGUAUAUGUGGUGAUGUGAUGCAAGUUGCAGCUGCCUACGAGGGAGGUGUCUGGCGUGUUCGAGUUGAUUUGCCAGAAAAAUAUCCAUUCAAGUCGCCAUCCAUCGGUUUCAUGAAUCGCAUUUAUCACCCGAACAUCGACGAAGCAUCCGGCACUGUCUGCCUUGAUGUAAUUAAUCAGGCUUGGACUGCCUUAUACGAUCUCGCGAACAUUUUUGAAUCGUUCCUGCCGCAGCUGCUGACUUACCCCAACCCGACGGAUCCACUGAACGGUGAUGCAGCAGCGUUAUAUCUUCACAAGCCCGAAGAGUUCAAAAAAAAGUGCAGAGAAUAUGUGGCGAAGUACGCUAGUGAGGAUGCGCUUAGGGAAACUAGCAUUGUUGAGGAAAAUAAGGAUCGUCAGGGUGCUUUGAGCGGCGAUGAAACCGAAUCGACUAUUUCUGAUUUUUCUGAAGACGAAACGCAGGGAAUGGAGUUGUAA